GCGAGAGAGAGCUCGCCGCGGCGCCUUGAGGCUGCGAUGGAUCCCCUGCAGAUAGGCCCUCCUCCCCCGCCGCGGUUCUUCAGCUGGGACGAGAUCAAGUCCUACUCGAGCAGGGCGCCGGAGCGGUGGCUGGUGAUUGACAGGAAGGUCUACGACAUCAGCCGGUUCCACAAGAGGCAUCCGGGGGGCUCCCGCGUGAUCAGCCAUUAUGCUGGACAAGACGCCACGGAUCCUUUUACAGCAUUCCAUCUGGACCAGAGUCUAGUGAGAACACACUUGAAGCCCUUGUUCAUUGGGGAGCUUGCAGCAGACCAACCCAGUUUUGAACCCGGCAAAAAUAAAGAACUCGUGGAGGACUUCCGUGAGCUCCGUGCCACCGUUGAGAAGAUGGGACUACUGAAUUCCAACCAUCUCUUCUUCCUCCUGUACCUUCUUCACAUCUUGCUGCUGGAUAUAUUAGCCUGGCUCAACAUGUGGUACCUUGGAACAUCCUUGGUGCCAUUCCUCAUCACCGCCUUGCUACUUGGGACUGUCCAGGCCCAAGCUGGUUGGCUGCAGCAUGAUUUGGGACAUCUUUCUGUCUUUGGCAAGUCUAAAUGGAACCACUGGAUUCACAAAUUUGUGAUUGGACAUUUGAAGGGAGCACCAGCCAGCUGGUGGAAUCACUGGCACUUCCAGCACCACGCUAAACCUAACUGCUUUUGCAAGGAUCCUGAUCUCAACAUGCACCCUUUGUUAUUUGCACUAGGAAAGAUACUCUCUGUAGAGCUUGGCAUAAAGAAAAAGAAGUUCAUGCCGUACAAUCACCAGCACAGAUACUUCUUUAUCCUUGGUCCACCAGCUCUGGUGCCUUUUUACCUGCAGUGGUAUAUUUUCUACUUUGUUGUUCAGCGCAAAAAAUGGGUGGAUUUGGCUUGGAUGGUGACUUUUUAUCUCCGGUUCUUCCUAACUUACUCAUUUCUACUAGAUCUCAAGAGCCUCUUGGGUCUCUUUCUCCUGCUCAGAGUCAUAGAAAGUCACUGGUUUGUCUGGGUGACACAAAUGAACCACAUCCCAAUGGUCAUUGAUUAUGAUAAGAACAUGGACUGGCUUUCAACCCAGCUCCAGGCAACAUGCAAUGUAAACCAGUCCUUAUUCAACGACUGGUUUACUGGGCACCUCAACUUCCAAAUUGAGCACCACCUUUUUCCUACCAUGCCUCGACAUAACUACUGGAAGGUGACCCCCUUGGUGAAGUCCAUUUGUGCAAAGCAUGGCAUCCAGUACCAAUCUAAGCCUUUGCUCACAGCUUUUGCAGACAUUGUAUGCUCUCUCAAGGAAUCAGGGGAGCUCUGGUUGGAUGCCUACCUGCACAAGUAAGAGCCAAACACCAUCCCUUGGGGGACAAUUCCCCAUCCUCGUCAUCUCCACAAUUGAAGAAAGCAAGUGCCUGGUUCAGUUGGGGAUGGUUAUCCUUGUGAGCUGAAUUCUGAAACCUGGUGUUGCUGCUCCAUUGUUUCUCAUGCUUCCCUUUUCUACUCAUGCCUCUACCAUCCCUCCAUUCUGUCUGAAGAUCUGAAAGUUUGUUCAGAAAUGCAUAUUCUCCAGCCUUCGGGACCAGGAAGCAAUACCAGGAAAGGCCUUCACUGCCACUUCACUAAAAUUGGUGUUUAGCAAGAAAACCUUAGUUGCCUAUUCCUUGUAGAGUACAAGAGCUAAGUUGUAGAAAUGGUUGAAAUGACAGAAGCUGGAAGGAGAAAUUCAGGAGGUGGGAAUAGAAAUUGCCAGUAGAGAAGAUUCAUACUGGGGCCCAUAGCUUAGCGCUGGAGAAGUUUGGAGGAAGAAGAACAAGGAGACUACAGGGGCCGAGAGUCUUGAUUGAAAUACAGUGGUAUAUAAAGGAAAUUAAUCAAUGUUUAUGAGUAGAGAUCAGUCAAUUCCUGAAUCUAGUUCACAAGCACUAGAGACUAGUUAGGCAAGCUUAACUAUUGGGAGGAAGUGAGGAUUGUCCUCUGUGCCACAACUUCCUGACAUUCCCGGAUGUACUUUACAGAAAAGGGUAAAGAAUAGCUAUAAUUAUCCACAUGCCUCUCCUAUGAGCGUACAAGACAAGUUAGUGAAAGGAGACUAAUGAAUGUAUUGUUGGAGGCUUUCAUGGCCGGCAUACGAUGGCUGGUGUGGGUCUUCUGGGCUGUGUGGCC